GGUCGUGGAUUCAAAAUAUGUCAGCGUAUAAACUCAGGGGAAGGUUUCAAAGCCAGUUGGGGUUUUGGACUGGUGGGGGUGGGGGCCUCCUUGAUGCUUGCUUCGUCGUUCUUCUUUCCAUCCUUCUUUGUUUGUUUCUUUCCUUUCAUCCCAUCUGUCUUUUCCUCCCCUCCCCUGCCCUUUUCAAACGUAUCUUUUUUUAUCCAAAAUUGCAGCCAUUUCGGUUCUUUCCUCGUUUUCAUCGAAACCUGACUACCUUCUUUCUUUUGUUACCGCCGUGCGAGCGCCGAGCGGUCUCUUUUGGUGACGUGGUGUCCCUGAACGCAUCGCCCCCGCGGGACGACGGUCGGAGAGCGGGCAGAUUUACGAGGCGCACGGAAACGCAUCGCGGCCAUUGUCGGAGGAGGAGGAAGAGGAGGAGAGUCAUUCUGUCUUCUUCGGUAGACGUCCACCGGCUUCAUUUUAGUGGCUAUAAGAAUAACGGCCCGCUCUGGAGUCCAGAAGACGUCGCGGAGGACAUAUUAGUUGUUUCCGUUUUGUGGCCUCACUGCCGCCAGACCGGUCACUUUCCAUUGGCAGCAUCCAAGAAACGGGAGCGGGGGGCACUUUCUGGGGGCUUUCUUCCUGACAAGGCCUCCCCACCCCGGCACGUCGGUGAAAGUGUUUUCCGUGACAAUUCCAACUCUUAACUCGACCGGGGUUUUUUUUUUUUUUUUUUUCCAAGCCCGGACAAAAGCGGCUAGCCCUGCUUUAGCCAGCUAGCUUGCUAGCCCGUCGCGCUUGUUCCCUUUAAUGCUCCGCGUUCCUGAGGACAUUUGCUGCUUAACCUUCGGGAUCAUCCUGUUAGCGACGCCGUCUGUCCGCCAGAAUGCGGCGAUAGAGUCAGUCACCCUCCCCUCCGUUAAAGGUGGGUCGAAAGUCUGGCCUCCGUCUCUUGCUGGCUAUUUUUUCCGAUGAUGUCGAGUUGGUGGAGCUGCGCGGAGCUCUGUGGACUCUUUGCCGUGCUGCCUUCACGGACCCUCACCAUGAAGAUUGUAUGAGAGUUCGUGCCACCCCCUCCUUCCCCCCCCCCCCCAAGUUCCCUUCAAAUACGCUGCGUCUGUUGUUAUUGACAGCCGGAGGGCGUCUCGUCUGCUCCUCUGUGUACAUUAAACACAACAGGCUACUCAUUUCCCUUCUCCUCCUCCUCCUCCUCCACCGGACCGGAAUCGAACUCAGGGACGAGCAUGUCUUUAUUACGCGCCGCAUUGCCCGGAAACGAGCGGAACCCCGUUCAUCACACGUCGCUGUCGACCAGUCGCUCGGACAAGGGCUCGGGCUGGUCCAGCCGCUCGCUGGGCGCGCGAUGCCGCAACUCCAUCGCGCUGUGUUCAGACGAGCAGCCGCACAUCGGAAAUUACCGGCUGCUCAAGACCAUCGGCAAGGGCAAUUUCGCCAAGGUCAAGCUGGCGCGACACAUCCUUACGGGUAGAGAGGUUGCAAUAAAAAUCAUUGAUAAAACGCAGCUCAACCCCACAAGUCUACAGAAGCUUUUUCGUGAGGUACGCAUCAUGAAAACGCUCAACCAUCCCAACAUAGUCCAGCUUUUCGAGGUCAUCGAGACGGAGAAGACGCUCUACCUGAUCAUGGAGUACGCCAGUGGAGGGGAGGUGUUUGACUACCUCGUGGCUCACGGCCGCAUGAAGGAAAAAGAGGCCCGCGGCAAGUUCCGACAGAUCGUCUCAGCUGUACACUACUGCCACCAGAAGAACAUUGUUCACAGAGACUUAAAGGCGGAGAACCUGCUGCUGGACGCCAACUCCAACAUCAAAAUCGCUGACUUUGGCUUCAGUAACGAGUUCAUGGCGGGGAGCAAGCUGGACACCUUCUGCGGCUCGCCGCCUUACGCCGCACCAGAACUCUUCCAGGGCAAGAAGUACGACGGGCCGGAGGUGGACAUCUGGAGCCUGGGCGUCAUCCUCUACACGCUGGUCAGCGGCUCGCUGCCCUUCGACGGCCAAAACCUGAAGGAGCUGCGUGAGCGCGUCCUGAGAGGCAAAUACCGCGUGCCCUUCUACAUGUCCACAGACUGUGAGGGAAUCCUGCGCCGCUUUCUUGUCCUCAACCCGACCAAGCGCUGUUCGCUGGAGCAAAUCAUGAAAGACAAGUGGUUGAACGUGAGCUACGACGGAGAGGAGCUCAAACCUCACAAAGAGCCCGAGGAGGACUUCAACGACACGGCCCGCAUCGAUGUGAUGGUGGGGAUGGGCUUCACCAGGGAGGAGAUCCGAGAUUCCCUCCUCAGUCACAAGUACAACGAGGUGACGGCCACGUACUUGCUGCUGGCCCGCAAGAGCGAGGUCGACAACAGCGUGACGCGGUCGGGCAGCAGUCUCAGUCUGGCUCGCGUCCGGCCCGGCGCCAUCGCCAAUGGUACCACCAAACACUCGACUUCCUCCUCCGGUGCUACUUCGUCGUCCUCGGCCCACAAGCCGCAACGCAGCGUCUCCACCUACCAGCGCCAGAGACGACACUCUGACUUCUGUACGUCGAAUUACGGGCCCCCGAAGUGGUCUCGGUCCGCUCACGUCUCUCGUUUCACAGGUGCUCCGGCAGCGCCCGGGUCGGCUCAUCCCAAGCGAAGCCCCAGCGGGGUCGGAGAAGCCACCGGGCUCAAGGAGGAGAGGCUCUCGGUCCGCAAACCCGGCAACAACGUGGCGGGCUCUCGGAGCAUCCCGACGCCCUCCAGUCCGAUGGUCAGCUCCGCUCACAAUCCCAACAAAGCCGAGAUUCCCGACAGACGCAAGGAUGCCAACUCUGCCGCGAAUAGCGUCUCAGCUAGUGGCAUGACGCGAAGGAAUACGUACGUGUGCAGCACGGACCGACACUCGUUGGUGCAAAAUGGCAAAGAAAAUAGUUCCCUUUCCCACCGGUUGCCCCCCGCCUCUCCCUCCACCCACAGCAUCACCGGCGCGUCGGCCUCUUCCUCCUCCUCGACCUCCACCCCCUCCUCGCGUCUUUUCCGGGGCUCCACGGCCAGGAGCACGUUCCACGGCGGGCAGAUCCGAGACCGCCGGCCGCCCUCGCACGCGGCGCCGGCCUCGCCCACGCCGUCGCACGACGCCGGCGGUCCUCCGGCCGGCGCCAGGACCCCGCGCGCCACCGGCAACCUGCUCAGCAAGCUCACCUCCAAGUUGACCCGCAGGGUCACAGACGAACCUGAGAGAAUCAUCAGAUCUCCGGUCACAAGUCGCCAUCUAUCUGGGCAUCAGAAAACGUCCGAGCCCCGGACCCCCCGAUGCGGCUGGGAUGUGAGGGUGCGCAGCCCCCGCGACCCGGCCGAGGUGGUCCUGGCUCUGCGGGAGGCGGCCCAGGGCUGCGGCUGCCAAGUGCACCUGGCCGGCCCCUUCCUGCUGUCCUGCACGCACGGAGCGGCCGGCGCCCGCGUGGCCUUCGAGGCCGAAGUGUGCCAGCUGCCCGGGGGGCCGGCGCAGAGCAGCGGCGUGCGCUUCAAGCGCCUCUGGGGGGCGCCGCUCGCCUUCAGGGACAUCGCCACCAAAGUGUCCAAGGAGCUGGAGCUCUGAGGGCCGCGGCGGCGGAGGGGGGGGGGGGUGGGGGUUGGGCCUCGUUCUGUGCGCCACCUUGAACUGCUGUAAACAAAAAAAAAAAAAACAGAACACGAUUUGAUUUCAUCACAUUUGACUGAUCAGCUACCAACAAGUGUUAGGACCACAUUCAAAACAACAACAACAAACUUGUUAUUACACAACCGCAAACAAAACCUCAACCUUAGGUGACUAAAGUCCGAUUUUUCGGCGGACGUCGGGGUGGGGGGCGGGAAU